AUGCCAAACAUGCAAGCGGAAGGUGCGGAAGAGACACUCUUCCAGUUGGUCAAUGACAAGCUCGUGACCUCUCCUCAAUGCAUACCGGAUGCAUUCAAAAGCUUGGCAGCUGAUCAAUUGGAGCGUUUUAGGCUGCGCUGCUCGGAAGCUCUCUUGCUGAACGAAGCUCUAUGGAUCGACUGGUUAAGUGAUUGGCAAGACAUGGACGCUGAUACACUGUUGGGACUUCACUCACUCUCAGUCCAGCAUGGAAAGUCACCCAAACUCUGGCUCAUGUUUCUAGACUUCCUCGACUUCAAUGCAAAUGAGUUGUCAUCUUGUACGCCUGGCGAUAUCGAUACGAUGUACGAGAAUGCAGUAAACAGUACAGCCUUUCUCAUCGACAGUAGUCAAAGUAUUUGGAUCCGCUACUGGAGACGCUUGCUCGACAAAGCGUCAGAUGACCCCGAACCGGAAGAGGUGAAACAACUUGAGGAAGUCUUCAUGUUGCGGCUUUCGCAACCCCAUUUGACCCUGGGAGAGACCUUCAGCGACUUUUCUUCAUUUGUCACCAAAUACGACAACUCGAACUACGAGGAUCUGCUCAGUCGCGCCAGUAUCACGUUCGCUAUUGCUAAAAAAGCCUUGAUGGAAAGGCAAGAUCAUGAACGGAUGCUAAAGCAGACUGAUGGUUCUCUUCAAGCGUAUCUUGCCUAUCUCACAUGGCAAUGCGAGCAACCUCUAAAGAGCGACUACUUUGUGCAUCUUGGCAUCGCCCUAUUGGAGCGUUCGCUAAAUGCCCAUCCAUACGAUGCUAGAAUCUGGGAGCAAGGCAUCGUUUUGUAUCAGAAACUCUCGUCAAGCUGCGACCUGGACACUCAAUUGAGUUUUGCGCAGAGAGCUGUCGCCAUGUGUCCAAGCUAUGCGCUCUUCUGGGGCUUCCUAGCCAAAUGCAUUGCGCAAAGCUCUCGAGCUGGCGGAGACACAACAAACAAAAUAUGGCAGGCUUUCGAUAAUGCUCUAUCCAUUCGAGCAAUUCGCUCAAGCCUCAACGAGUUCAAUGAACUUGUAUCAGCUGCCUAUUUGGCCUUGCGACAUUGUGAAGCCGAAGAAACCCCUGUGCCAAGAAGACCCGUGCGCUUGUUAGAAGUCGCGUGCAAGAAAGUGUCAAAAAUCGGGCACGACCAAGGUUUCUUGCUGCAUCGAUUGCUCAUUAGCGAAUAUACGAGGCAAGGCAAGGUCGAGCUUGCAUCCAAAAUUUGGAAAAGUCUGGCCCGCACCCAUUCAUCUCCUAGCAGCAGUGCUUUCACUGUGCUCAAGUCGGGAUCACUUGAGGCUCAAGAUGCACCCCAGCUCUUGCACGAUGCUUUGCUCUGUCACGCCCUCGAAAGUGGAUCGGUCGAGGCUUUCGCCAAAGCUUCGGCUGUAGUCAAAAAGGCAAACAGUCUUCUGGCCGUCAAUCUGAGGGCUGAUAGUGAGAGAGUCGCUGCUUCAAAUGAUGAGCUUGCCAGUGUCCGGACAAUCGACAAGCGAAAAGCUUCCAGUGAAGACAUAAGUCAGGAGGCACCUUUCAAGAAGCACAAGCUGGAUGUGGACAACAAUAAGAGGCAUCGAGAAUUCAAAACCAUCAUUGUGCAGACUUUUGUCCCGGCGAUAGACCAGUCUCGGCUCAGAGAACUGACAAAAGAGAUGGGAGAAAUCAUUGAUAUCAAGACACUCACCAACGACGAUCGUGGCUUGUUUUACCUCGAGUAUGACAGAGAGAUUGCCGAGAAGUACUUGGGGCCGAUAUUGACUCAAGGCGGCAGCGUCACAAGCGCAUCGGGUACGGCGCUGUUUGUUACAAACUUUCCACCGACAUUCAACUCCGACGCACUUGCAAAUAUUUUCGGCGAUGUGGGACCUGUACUGGAUGUACGUUUACCGAGUCUUGCCUACAACCAAUCUCGACGAUUUGCGUACGUUCAGAUGACAAGUCAAGCUGAUGCUACGAGCGCACUGAGCAAGGAUGGUAUGUCGAUUGAUGGUGUGACCUUAUCAGUGCAGAUUUCUGACCCUUCGAAACGAACGUCUCGUCAGAACAAAACCCGCCACGAAUUAUUCGUCAAAGGAGUUUCCUGGUCUGCAACAAUGGACGACGUCAAACAGCUUUUCGAGCGACAUGGUGAAGUGGAACAGGUAAGAAUGCCAUCAACCUUCUCCACCAAGCACCAUGAUGGCAUUGCCUUUGUUGCAUUCAAGGAAGCUGAAGGGGCAACAGCUGCCCUCGCAUUGAACGGUCACGAAUUUCACGGGCGAGCGCUGGAGGUCCAGCAUGCAACAUCUCAGCGAGAUAGUUCUACUGGGCGAAAAAACGAUCGAUCGAGGGCUAAACAAAAAAGUAUGAAGGCGAUAGCCCUCUUGAAUCUGGCAGACACUGUCAAUAAGAUUUACCUUGCCGAAGUUUGUACCCAGUAUGGUACAGUCCAUCACGUUGAGCUUCGCCCAGAUCAUGGGGGUGCAAUCAUCGAAUUCGUGGAUGCAGCAUCUGCAGGCAAGGCUGCUCUUGCUCUUGAAGGUCGAGUGUUUGACAACAAAGCGGUCCACGUUGGCCAAGUUUCUGAGCUUCUGCAAACGUCAAAUCCUCAGCAUCAUGAUAAAACUGUCAUGCUCCCGUCGUCGAUUGGAAGGAGGAAGAAACCACUGGUAGCGGUCCGUCCCUUGCAAUCCUUGGGCACAAGUCUAGAAUUGGCCAGCCACGCACGCGAUCAACCUUCUGCCAAGACCAAGGGUCAAGAUUAUUUCCGAGAAUUGAUGGAGAAGAAAAGCUGA